AUGCCCCCAAGAGACUUUCCCUCUGCUAGAUCCGAAAUUAGGGACCCCCAGGACAACCAGCAAUGGCACAGCACUCCGCCUGAGUCGCUGAGGCUGAGGUCCUUCCACACUAAGUCUCCGAUUCCAUUCCGGAGUCGUCCGAAUCCGCCCAUUCUAACAAUAUGUGAUGAUGUAGUUGUUCAAGAGCCCAUUAAGGAUCCUGUGCCAAAGCCAAGGCCGGGUCCAGCAUACCAUUAUGCAUCAGAGCUCCAGGACAGAAUGAGGGGUGAAGAAUUGUUUACCAAGUUAAUGACGCAAGAAGUCAAUGUGCCGCUUGGAGCAAUAAUUGGCUCAUCCUAUGAGCUAAACAAACGUCUCCAGGCUGCAACUAAAAUUCAUAGGGUUCCUACCAAGCCAGUUAGCUCAGUAGAGAUGGUUGAGGAUUCCAAGAUGGAAGGAGAGGUAAUGGAGGCAGAAAUAGUGCCUGCCCCAUUUGAAGUGGCAUCGUUGGAAAAUGUUGAGAGCGAGGAUGAAGAAGGGGACAUUCUUGAUGGGAAUACAGUAGAGGAGCAAGCUGAUAAAUUCUAUCAAGAAUUGUUGAAGUCAGAUUGUAUGGGAGAGUAUGAUGUAGAUUGCCCACCUUCGUUUUUGGCCAUGGUAACUGCAAAAAUUCAGGGAAUGAUAUUCUGCCGGCCUUGUACCAUGUUGAUUGACACUGGCAGUGAGCUUAACAUUAUGACCAGCAAGCACGCUCGUCUUUCAGAGUUGCCAGUGGACCCAUCAGGAGCCUCCUGGUCACUCAGGGGAGUUUCCAGACACCAGAUAGCACUGGAAGGGUUGUGCAGGGAGGUUCCAGUCACGAUUGGUGGCAUUGAGGUUCCCCACAAUUUCUUCAUUACAUGA